GCAGACAGAAAAGAUCUCAGCACUUAAUAGGAAAUCAAGUUUGAUCUUCAAAUGGAGAGGAAAAAAAAUCAUUAUUUUGGUAAAAUACUUAAUUCACAAUGUCAUUUUCUUGUGAACUCUUCCGUAUUUAUUGUUUUUUCUAAAUGAGAUAAAACCGGAAAAAGAUUAUUGAAAUACUGCAAAAUGGAAAAAGCCCUGCAUCUAUAUAAAUAUCUAUUUGUCCUAAUUCCUGAAUGACCACUUGUGUUUUCCAAUGUUUGUUUUUUCUAUGUCGUGUCAUUUUUUAUUUUACUUAUAUUACUGAGGUUAACUACAUAUUUGAAUUUGUUUGAUCACCGCUCACUUCAGUUUAAGUGAAUGAAUAUAACCAUGAUGUGGCCUUUUUGACUGUUUGAUAUUAAUAUUCAAUUAAGUUAAUUGACGAAGAAAAAAAAAUCCCGCCAACCGUGACCCUCACGCACGAUCCUGCAGAGAUGCCUGUUGUGCUUGUGGACCUCUGCUGUGAAUAUGCAAAGUUUUUCAAAGUUUUCUAACCACAAAUUAAACUUUCUUUAAAUGCACUUUCCAGCACUGGUGCUGGGGGAAUGUGGGCCCCUAAACUUCAUGGCUACGGCCCUGCAUGUAACUGCCACCUCUGUUAAAAAAAAAAAGCGUCAGUUGUGUUUACCGGACUGACCAAUAAAGGGUGGGAGGUACUUCUGGUAUUGUGAUGAGUCUGUACUUCCUCUUAUCCAAACAAAAAAUUGCAGCUGCAGGCAACAAUCAGCCAGACUUUAACCCCGUAAUAAGUCGUUUAGGUUUUUCUUCAGUACUCUAACAGACAAAAUCAGCAGCUGACAGGAUGUCUGUGACCAUGUCGAAGGCUGACGGGGUCACCGUGUUCACUGUGACCUCUGACUCCAAAAGUGUUUGUCCUCCAAUGUGUGGAAUCCUCAGAGAUCUUUGCUACAGUCCCGCGUGCUGCUCUGUGUCUCAGCGCCUGAGGAGGGUCCAGAGAUCUUCUCAGUCAAUACUGGGGGCUCUGCACUUUAUGGUUGGGCUGCUCAACAUCGGCCUCGGAGUGAUCCUCUGUUGCAAUUACGGUACCGCUUGGUGGCACAUGACAAGAACCUUGUUUCCUUUAUGGUUUGGAGGAGUGUUUAUGUUGUUUGGCGUCGUUGGCAUUUUGUCUGACAAGUUCCCGAGUGUAUGUCUGGUCAUCCUCAAUGUGAUCCUGAAUCUAAUAGGAGUUGCUGUUGCCAUUGCAGCGAUUGUGCUCUACAGCUGCAAUUUGUCAAACACGCGAGUGUGGUUGAGCUGUUUCAAUGAUUACUAUUAUGGCCGCAGAUACAUUACAACUCCAUCUACUAGGAAGUGGAGCAUGUUGGAGAAAUGCUUGGAGGGAAGAAAGCUGAUCAUGAUGCUCUUGACCGGCAUGAAUGCUGUGCUGAUUUUCCUGUCAUUCCUGGAGCUCUGCCUCGUCAUCAGCUCCGCCGUCAUGAGCAUCAAGGCUCUGAGAAGCCGUGAGAAGGAAGAAAACAAGCAGAUUGGUGAGCCAGAAAAUUUGCCUGAACCACUGCCUGAAGUCACCAGUCACCCUGUUUCCUAAAUGAAAAUCUCUGCUUUGUGCUGUCAGUCACAGGUACUGUGUUCCUGUGUAUUUAUACCACUGACUGUCUGUAUUGAAGCAUGAGUGAUUUAUUCAGCUGGUUCAGUGUCUGUCAAAUGUCUGUGUCUUUUCCUACAAGGGUUGCUUAAAAAUAUUUGCACUUAUAUUUUAGAGUAUUUUUGAUACAAAUCUGCACUUAAAUGUAAAUGCCGCUGUCCAUUUCACUCUGUGUUGACGUUUAAAAAAUCAGCAAAAGCAAACUGUUCCCAUUGAUAAUAAUUUUCUGCUGAUUAUUGUGCUGUACGUAUGUUUUAGUAUAAAUGAGGUUCAUGUACAUUUGUGUAAUUAAUACACAUUGACGGAAUUUGAUUGUUGAUGGUAUUUAUAUUAAAUUGAUGGCUCUUUUGCUAUUUUGCAAUAUUAAGCCAUGUUAAAAAAAGAAACAAAGUCAUCAAAAUGACUGUUUCAUAUAUUUUGGUGUUUUGUAUUUGUUUGUAGUGACCUUGACAUAAACCAUUAAGCCAUGCUAAAAGUAGCAAAGCCAUCAAAAUGCCUAAUACUGCUAUAUAUUUUGGUAUUUGUAUUUCUGCUCUGUACUUUUAAACCGUUGGGUGUAACUGAAUGACUCAGUUUAAAAAACUUUUUUAUGUAGCAACAGAAACGGUACGUAUAAAGGGAAGUGUGAAAUGAUGAUUAUAUUCCUGUUUUUUGAAAUGGGUUUUCCAGCCAAGUGAAAAUUAAAUAAAGUGAUUAAUUUAGUGUCAA